CGUAAUGGCUGUGCCGUUGCUGCUCCACGCUACUUUUUAUUCCUAGGGCGCAGAAUAGACAUAAAUCCCAGCUCCGCUUGGAAGCGCUCUGGUCGCAGUAAAGACGUCACCCUCGUGCUCGGGUUGGUUCAACCAAAGUGCGCAGCUAUUUGUACGCUCCAACAACAACCUCCAGCACCAUGCGUUUGGAUAACGUGCUGCUUUCACGGAGAUCCUCUCGCCUUCUGGACUCGAUAUUUUCGUCUAAUCCAUAGCACAAACGAUUUUUUUUCCUUCUUUUUUUUUUUCUUCCCAACGCCGGGAUUUGAUCGCGUUGCACCAAAAUCGGACGUGGAUUUUAAAGAGUUUGUCCUGCAGUCAUGGAGGAAACAGCACAUCCUGCCCCUGGUACCAGUGUUGCCCCAUCUCAGCCAAGGCCUCCGCCCUGCACUUUUGCCCCGUCCCGCAGCCUGCUGGAGUGGAGGCGGAGGGUCAAGUCAGAGUAUAUGCGCCUGCGCCAAUUAAAACGCCUUAAAAAAGCAGACGAGGUCAAGACCCUGUUCUCAUCCAACCGGGAGAAGAUUGAGCAGCAGACUACUGUCCUUAACUCAGAGUGGUCCACGCUUAAGAUUCAGUCCAUCCCGCUGUCUGUGUCUAAUGUAGCACUGGCUAAUAAGAAGAUGUGUUCGGUGGAGUUUGGUUUCCCAGGAUUCAAAGCUCAAGCCAUCGCCAUGAGGCCACUGUCAACAGUGGCAGGGAUCCCAUUCAUGUACUCCUGGUCUCCCCUGCAGCACAAUUUCAUGGUAGAGGAUGAGACGUUCCUCCAUAACAUCCCUUACAUGGGCGAUGAGGUACUGGAACAGGACGAGGCUUUCCUGGAGGAGCUCAUUGAUAACUAUGAUGGUGUCCAUGGUGACAGAGAGGGUGGUUUUAUCAGUGACGAGGUCUUUAAAGAGCUGGUGGACGCCCUCAGCCAGUAUUCUGACCAUGAAGAAGACGAGGAGGAGGAAGGAGCCGCAGCAGCAGCAACAGCCGUGGACGUUACAGAGAAGAAAGAUGACGAGAGGAUGAUGAGAAGGAGCUUAGUGGAAGGCUCAGAGGAGACGAAGUCUGGAGCGUUCAUCAGAAGGAAAAGAAGAAGCAUGACUGAGGUGAGAGAUUUGUCUGGCAGCAAGAGGAUCCCCAGCGAUAAAAUAUUUACAGCCAUCGCCUCGAUGUUCCCCUACAAAGGCACAACAGAGGAGCUGAAGGAAAAGUACAAGGACCUAUUGGAGCCCUCCAGUCAAGUGAAACUGCCCCCCCUGUGCACCCCUAACUUAGAUGGACCUUUUGCAAAGUCUGUUCAGAGAGAGCAGUCCUUACACUCCUUCCACACUCUCUUCUGCAGACGGUGUUUCAAAUACGACUGUUUCCUCCACCCUUUUCGUGCUACGCCUAACGUUUACAAGAGGAAAAGUAAGGAGAUCCGCAUGGAGACAGAGCCCUGUGGGGAGGAGUGCUUCCUGUUGCAGAAAGGGGCUAAAGAGUUUGUGGAUCAGAAUAUGCGAAGAUCACAGAGGUCUCGGCGGCGGCGGAGGCAGCAACGUGCUACCAGUUCAAGUUGUCCUGGACCGUCUGCAUCUGCGGAGGAGAGCAAAGAGGGCGACAGUGACCAUGAAAGCACUUCCUCUUCAGAAGGGAAUUCCCGCAGCCAGACUCCCACCAAGCAGCGUCCAGGGGAUGACUGUGCAGACCAGCAGGCUUGCUGCGUGGUUCCAUGGAGCGGAGCCGAGGAAUCUCUGUUCCGCGUGCUGCACGGCACAUACUUCAACAACUUUUGCUCCAUCGCUCGCCUUAUUGGUACCAAAACCUGCAAGCAGGUAUAUGAGUUUGCGGUAAAAGAGGUUCUUAUCCAUCGUGUUCCUUUUGAAGAUGGUGGCAUUUUGCCCCAAAAGAAAAAAAGGAAACACAGGUUAUGGGCAAAGAUCCAGCUAAAGAAAGAUAACUCAUCCAAUCAAGUGUACAACUAUCAGCCAUGUGACCACCCCGACCACCCAUGUGACAACUCCUGUCCUUGUGUGAUGACCCAAAACUUUUGUGAGAAAUUCUGCCAGUGUGAGAAUGAAUGCCAGAACCGCUUCCCAGGCUGCAGAUGUAAGACCCAGUGUAACACCAAGCAGUGUCCCUGCUACUUGGCUGUGAGGGAAUGCGACCCAGAUCUGUGCAUGACUUGUGGUGCUGCAGACCACUGGGACAGCAAAGUGGUGACUUGCAAGAACUGCAGCAUUCAAAGAGGCCUAAAAAAGCAUCUUCUGCUAGCUCCAUCGGACGUUGCCGGGUGGGGCACAUUCAUCAAAGAGCCUGUCCAAAAGAAUGAGUUUAUCUCAGAAUACUGCGGAGAGCUGAUCUCUCAGGAUGAAGCGGAUCGGCGUGGAAGGAUCUAUGACAAGUACAUGUCCAGCUUCCUUUUCAAUUUAAACAAUGACUUUGUAGUGGAUGCCACACGAAAGGGGAACAAAAUUCGCUUUGCAAAUCACUCAGUUAAUCCCAACUGCUAUGCUAAAGUGGUGAUGGUGAAUGGAGAUCACCGCAUUGGGAUCUUUGCAAAACGAGCUAUCUUGCAAGGAGAGGAACUCUUCUUUGACUACAGGUAGAGUCACGGGGCCUUUUCGUGACUCUCCAUCUUAAUAAAAAUACAGCCAAGCUGAUGCCCUCAAGUAUGUUGGAAUAGAGAGGGAGGUAGACAUGACUUAGCGGCCUCCAUAACCCCUGUUUGUGAUUUCAGCCUCCCAACUCGGGCUUUUAAUCACAACGGUCUCUGCUCUUUUCUCCGCAAUUUUUCAAAAAAGAAAAUUGCUGUUUGCAGGUGCUUCUGCUCAGCAAAUACCACACCGUCUCCAUCAUCUUUAUCUGCCCGAACCUGCAAGAUUCCCAUCAUACAUACUCAAAAGUAUUUAACUGGAAAUAUUAUGAAUUAGUCCUGCUUACUGCACUUAAGAAUUUUCCAUUCUUUUAAAGAGAAGAUGCUACAUUAUCCAUUAAACCAAAUAUUGCUCACUAUAAAUUUGUUACUGUACUAAUCAACUGGUUUUUGUUACACAUCUCAGCACAGUAUGCAAGCUCUACAGCCGAAUAUCCGUAAAAUGCAUGAGCUGCCUUUUUACAAACCUUUCAUUAAACUCUUAGCUGCUGCUAGCUGCAGUCAGAUGCUGUUUCUGUGCAGUCAAUAUUGUAUUCGGUGAGGUUACGCUUCGACUGUUUGACCGCAUGAUGUGUUAUUCUGCUAAGCAUUUCAGCAGUUUGCUUCACCACCACAUCGUUGUGGUUUAAAAAUAAGCUAUUUUGUGUCUGUUUCGUUGUGCUGCAAAAGUUAAAAAGACUAAACAUAAAGGCAACCUGGCAAGAAACCGACUGACUGAAUGUAAUGUGUAGAUGACUGAAUAGAUCUCAACCCCUUUUUUUUUUUGGUUGUUGUCCAAUUAUAGGUACUUAAAACGAUGUGCAUUAGUGAAAUAACUAAUAUGUUUACAUGCUCAACCCUGUUUGGCAAAAAAAAAAAAAAAGAUCCAAUGUAAAUGUCUUCCUUUGAAAUGCACAAAAGUGCCAAAUCAUUCCUCCCACAAAAAGCACUAUAAAAUGUGUAAUGUGUUGCAUCAUUUUUUGACUUUAA